AUGGCGGAAGCGCGUAAAAUCAAGUCGCUGAAACUUCAGCUGGAUGCAGUGCAGCAGUCAAUUAAUGCGAUCUUGUCAUUUUCGGAAAGAGCCGCAAAAUCUUCUACAGAGGUGUGCGCACGUAGGGAUAACCUCAAAAAACUGUAUGAACGUUUCAUCACCAUACAGGAUGAGCUAUUAGUACUCGAUGAGGGCAAAGGGAAAGAUCAUUUUGCUGUUCGGCAAACGGUCGAAGAAGCAUAUUACCAGGCUGAAGGUAGACUGUUGAGCUCCAUUGAGAAGGACGAAAAGAAUGUAUUAACCGUCUCAAAAGUGAAGCUACCAGACAUGAAAUUGCCCAGUUUUGACGGCAAUCCAAAGGAUUGGAUGAAUUUUCAUUCAAUAUUUGCCUCAAUGAUACACGGUUCUCCCCACUACUCAGGCACACAGAAGUUGUACUAUCUGCGUACAUCAUUAUCCGGCUCAGCUCUACGGCUCAUUCAAAACAUUCCUAUCUGUGAAAAAAACUACAAUGUCGCAUGGCAGCUACUUUUGAAGCACUACAAUGAGCCGAAGAAGGUCAAACAGUUCCUGUUGGAUGCAUUGUUCGAGAAUGCUGCGCUCAAAAAGGAAUCGUCCAGUGAACUUCGAAAAGUGGUAGAAAACUUUGAAGCCAACGUAAGUGCCUUAAAAGAAUUGGGUGAACCUACCGCUCAAUGGGACACACUGCUCAUCCACAUGCUUAGCAACCAACUGGAUUCGACUACGAAACGAGGUUGGAAGGAAUACGCUGCGGAAAAGGAUGUGGAAACGUACACUGAUCUGGUUGCGUUCAUCUACAGACGUAUUAGUGUGUUGGAAGAAGUGUCAACACCAACAGUGGAAAAACCAACAAAACAUCGUGCCCUCGCCACUCACACAUCCAACAACAGAGAUUGUGCGUUUUGUUCUCAACACCAUCCACUAUACAUGUGUACUAAGUUUUUUCAGCUUUCCUCACAGGAAAAAGAAAAGUUCGUCACAAAGCACCAACUCUGUCUGAACUGCAUGCGUCCUGGACAUCGAGCUCGAGAAUGCAAAUCAUCUAGCACCUGCAAGAAAUGCCGCAAACGCCAUCACACCCAGCUAUGUCCGUCUUUGCUGCAACAGCACGUUGAUUCACCAACCUUAAGAGAUCCUGAUACUCCGACCACAUCAGCUACGUCGUCGGUCGUCGAGUCGAUCACCUGUACGUCGUCUGGGCUUCAGAAAAUGACUUUGAUGGCCACUGCCACAGUAAUUCUCGUUGACGACGACGGCACAGAACACAUCGCACGAGCGCUGCUAGAUUCGGGAAGUGACACCUGCUUCAUUACUGAAAACUUAGCCCAGCAACUCAAAUCACGCAAGGAGAAAACAAACCUCAAAAUAUCGGGUAUCAGUUCCACGACUACAACAACAAAAUACAGAAUACGAGCGACACUUCGCUCGCGGAUCGGGCGAUACUUCGCCGAUCUUCAACUCUACGUCUUACCGAAGGUCACGGAAAACCUUCCCUUUUCGUCGAUCGACACUUCAGAAUGGAACAUACCGAGCAACAUCUUCCUGGCUGACCCUUAUUUCCAUCGCAGUGAUCGAAUUGACGUCCUCAUCGGAGCAGAAAUCUUCUACGACAUCAUGAAGCCAUCAGGACGUAUUCAUCUCGGAAAAGAUCGACCCACUCUUGUCAAUUCCGAACUUGGAUGGAUUGUCGCUGGGCCAGUCGUAGGUACGCUCAUGUCAUGCUUUAAUUCUAUUUCAGUUCACCAUGCUUCGACAAGCGUCAAUGAAGUCCAUGAACUCAUGGAACGAUUCUGGGAAAUAGAAGAAGACUCAACGAGCCAUCUGACGAGCGAGCAAUCCGCGUGUGAAGAACACUUUCGGAACACGGUUACUCGUACUUCCUCUGGGCGAUAUGUAGUUAGGCUACCGGUGAAGACAGACAUUCUCGCCAAGUUAGUUGCUAACCGCAAUACAGCUGUCCGUCGGUUUCAUCUGCUACAAACUCGCUUCCAAAAUGAUGAACUACGUGUGGGGUACUGUUCGUUCAUCGACGAGUACAGCAAACUGGGUCACAUGAAACGUAUUUCAGAGAAGGAGUAUGAAGACAAAACAAAACAGUACUACUAUCUUCCGCAUCACGCAGUGACGCGAGUUGAUUCUGCGACGACAAAACUCCGUGUUGUUUUCGACGUAUCGUGCAAAACGGCUAGUGGAGUCUCAUUAAAUGAUGCGUUGAUGGUAGGGCCUACCAUACAAGACGACAUCCGAACCAUCAUCAUGCGUGCACGGACACAUCCAAUCAUGAUAAUUGCUGACAUCAAGAUGAUGUAUCGUCAGAUCCUCGUCGAUGACUGUGAUACAUCUCUGCAACUCAUCGUUUGGAAGUCUUCACCUUCCGAACCGCUUCACACCUACAAACUUUGUACGGUAACCUAUGGCACUGCUAGUGCUCCAUAUCUUGCAACGCGAGUACUCUCGCAACUUGCUGAUGAUGAAGGCAUCGAAUAUCCUAAGGCAGCCCAAGUGCUAAAAAGGGAUUUUUAUGUUGAUGAUUUGGUGACCGGAUCACCCACUGUAGAAGAAGCAACCGAAAUCAUACAACAAUUAUCAACGCUUGUCGAAAAAGGUGGUUUCUCGUUGCGAAAAUGGGCCACAAACAACGAAGAGGUGCGUCAGAGCAUCUCGAAAGAAAGCUCGUCUGUUUGA